ACUCUUUCUCCUCCUUCUGCCCGCAGCUUUCUCGGACUCUCUUCCUCUGCCACUGCUCUCCCCCUCGGAACUCUACCCAUGGCUACUCUACUUAAAACGCCGCCUCUGAAAGCGCCUCCUCUAGGUUGGCGUCCGACUCCCAUUUCCUUGAAAUCUCCAAAACCAUUUUGUGUCUCCUUCAGACACAGAAUCCAUUCCACUGGAAUUCCUCGCAGGAGCUCUCUCCGAUUGGACUCCGCGCCCUCUUUCCGGUUCGUAAAGUUGGUAUCUUUAGCUGCAACUGGGGGAGAAACCGAAACAGCCGAAUCGAAGGAGCAGGUUCAGGAAACUGAAAUCGAGUUUGCUCAUGGGUUUCUCAUGGGUAAUGAUUGUCUUUAGAAUUUAGUGGCUAUAUGCUGUGAAGAUAAGCAAAACAGCUCGAUGAAGUGUUCAGAAUCAGUUUGCUCAUGGGUUUUAUUUGAAGGAAAAAUGAAUGAUAGAAUACACAAUUAUUUGCUGCUACUGCAAAGAAGCUAUUUAGAAUGGUUUAGUUGUUAAUCUAACUUUAUUUGGAAUUCGGAUUUGUUUGAAGUAUUGUCGUAUUUGAUUUUUUUUCUUUUUAUUUUUAAUAUUUGGGGGUGGGGGGUUUUUGGAACUUUAAUCACAAUUGGUAGUUGAGAGAGGAUUUUUAUGAGUGUUUGUUUAUAUGAUCAGUGGAUAUUAUUCAAGCAUUUAAGAAAAAGAGUAAACAAAUGAAGCCUUGUCCUGGUUGUGGUACCCUUGAUCCCAGGCUGGGGUUCAGUCUUCUGUUUUCUAAAUUUAUGUUGUUACAUUGUAGUUUGUAAUUUGGUUUGAAUUGAUUGUAUUGUGAUGUAUAUAAAUGUUAAUGGGAUCAUAUUAUAUGAACUCCUUGAAUUGUAAAUGAAACUUGUACCCUAUUGGUAAAAAUGGCAAGUAAAACGAGUGAGUAAAGGUUUUCUUGGGAUUAUUUUCUUAAGAAAAUCCUCUCUGUCAGGUUGGAAAAACCUUAUUGCGGUGUUAUUAUCUUUCUUCUGUUUGAUGAUCUUGUUUGAGAAUUGCUAAGACCUUUGGUGCUCAGAGGGUCUAGAUUAGAUGGCAUUGGGUUAUUUUACACUCUUACUUCUUUGUUUAGAAAACCCUUGUGAAAUUGAGUAUUAUUUGUUAACUGAUUUAGCCAAAUAAAUUUAACUAAGGAAU